GCGUGUAGACCAGGGUCCUACAAGGCUUUGUCAGGGAUUAUCAAGUGUUCCAAGUGUCCUCCCCACAGUUCCAGCCAUGACCAGGCAGCCACGCUCUGCCACUGUGACAAAGGCUUCUACCGGGCAGCCAAGGACCCCUCCACCAUGGCAUGCACACGCGCUCCAUCGGCCCCCAGGAACCUGAUCUCUCUCAUUAACGAGACAGCUCUGUUCCUCACCUGGUCUCCGCCUAGCGACAGCGGUGGCAGGAAGGACCUCACUUAUAACAUCAUGUGCCAGCGCUGUGGCAGUGGCGCCUCCGGUGGCGAGGAGGACUGUGAGCCGUGUGAGACCGACCUGCGCUUCGUACCACGCCUCCUGGGCCUCACCGGGACCUCGGUGGCUAUUCUGGACUUUGCCACACACGCCAACUACACCUUCCACGUAGAGACGGUCAAUGGAGUGUCUGGACUGGGAGGAAACACCAGACCCCUGGCUAACAUCACUGUUACUACUGACCAGACUGGUCCUUCUCUGGUUGGCGUGGUGAGGAAGGACUGGGCGUCUGACAACAGUAUCGCCCUCUCCUGGACGGAGGUGGAACAGCAGCCCAACGUCAUACUGGACUAUGAGAUCAAGUACUACGAUAAGGACCAGGAACAGUCGGGCUACUCAUCGACCCGUACCAAGGCCCCGGGCGUCGUCGUGACCGGUCUCAAGCCCUCCACCGUGUACGUGUUCCACGUGCGCGCUCGCACCGCCGCAGGCUUCAGCGCUUACAGCAACACGGUUCACUUCUCCACCGGGGACGAGUACUCAGGCAUGGCGGCUGACCAGGGGCAGGUGCUCGUGGUUGUCACGGCAGCCGUGGGUGGGUUCUCCCUGCUCAUCAUCCUCACCCUCUUCUUCCUCAUCACCGGACGGUGUCAGGUGUUCAUCAAGGCUAAGAUGCAGUCAGACGAUAAGAGGAGGGCUCACUUUCAGAACGUGCUUCCUUUCCCUGGUAUCAAGACGUAUGUGGAUCCUGACACAUAUGAAGACCCAACGCAGGCUGUCCACGAGUUCACCAAGGAGAUAGAUCCUUCUAGAAUACGCAUCGAGAGGGUGAUAGGAGCAGGUGAGUUCGGGGAGGUGUGCAGCGGGUGUCUGCGUACCCCAGGUCAGAAGGAGAUCCCGGUGGCCAUUAAGACCCUGAAGGGAGGCUACGUGGAACCCCAGAGACGAGACUUCCUCAGAGAGGCCUCCAUCAUGGGACAGUUUGACAACCCCAACAUCAUACGGCUGGAAGGAGUGGUCACCAAGAGCAGACCUGUGAUGAUCGUGGUGGAAUACAUGGAGAACGGAUCCCUGGACUCUUUUCUGAGGCAGCAUGAUGGCCACUUCACAGUGGUCCAGCUGGUGGGGAUGCUGCAUGGCGUGGCGUCAGGGAUGACCUACCUGUCUGACUUGGGCUACGUGCACCGUGACCUGGCCGCUCGCAACAUCCUGGUAGAUGAGGGUCUGGUGUGUAAGGUGUCUGACUUCGGCCUGUCCAGAGUCCUAGAGGACCACCCUGAGCCUGCAUAUAACACCAUGGGGGAUAAGAUCCCGGUCCGUUGGACAGCUCCCGAGGCCAUCACCUACAGGAAGUUCUCUUCAGCCUCCGACGUCUGGAGCUUCGGCAUCGUCAUGUGGGAAGUGAUGUCGUACGGGGAGAGACCUUACUGGGAGAUGUCCAAUCAGGAUGUGAUCCUGUCUAUAGAGGAGGGUUACCGUCUCCCUGUCCCCAUGGACUGUCCCGGGGUUCUACACCAGUUGAUGCUCCACUGCUGGCAGAAGGAGAGAGGGCAGAGACCUCACUUCAACAGCCUGGUCUCCUUCCUGGAUAAACUCAUCAGGAACCCCACUAGUCUACUGACACUGGUUGACAACAGUUUUCCAGAAUCACUGGAGGACGUGCCGGACUACCCUCUGUUCAUCUCCAUCGGUGAUUGGCUGGACUCCAUCAAGAUGAGCCAAUACAAGAACCAGUUCCUGGCAGCAGGGUUCACCACCCUGGACUCUGUCUCCACCAUGAGUCUAGAGGACAUCAGGCGUAUCGGUGUGUCUCUGAUUGGCCACCAGAGGAGGAUAGUGAGCAGCAUUCAGAGUCUCCGUCUACAGUUCCUCACCGUCCAACACAACGGCUUCCACAUCUAAACCAACCCCCAGAACGCUAGGACCGCACAGACAGACAGACAGGCCUGGGUGUGUUCAUUUGGCACCGAACGGAAAAGAAAACAAACUGAAAACAGAGAGCGAUUAGCUGAACUCGUUUAAUAAGAAACGCUUGUUUCUAAAAUUCUAGAUGUUCUCUCGGUCGGACUGGUGAACUGUUACCCGCGGACUACAUUGGUUUUUACCAAGGAGGCUUCUGUCCCUGAUCCAGAAGACUUGAGAUGGAGGUAGUUUCAGCCCACGUCCUGAACAGCACCCUUUUCCCUUCAUGGUGCACCGUUUAGGACAGACACGCGCAGUACCAAGCACAUGGAGAGGCAAGUGCACUGAUGGGUCUUCCUCCAAUCAGGUGGACGGAGACGGACUGAAACAGGACUCUCCGUUUAGGACAGACACGCGCAGUACGAAGCACAUGGAGAGACAAGUGCACUGAUGGGUCUUCCUCCAAUCAGGUGGACGGAGACAGACUGAAACAGGACUCUCCGUUUAGAGACCACUACUUUUGACAAAAAAAUGGGAUGAUUAAAUGUGUCUUAUUUAUUUCAGAUGUUUUGUUUCCUUGUUCAAUUAUCAAGCAGCAGAUUCUGACCAAUAGGAAGAGAAAGGACAAUGUGGAGGAGAUUCUGACCAAUAGGAAAAUAAAGGACAAUGUGAAGGAGAUUCUGACCAACUGGAAGAGAAAGGACAAUGUGGAGGAGAUUCUGACCAAUAGGAAAAUAAUGGACAAUGUGGAGGAGAUUCUGACCAAUAGGAAGAGAAAGGACAAUGUGGAGGAGAUUCUGAACCAACUGGAAGAGAAAGGACAAUGUGGAGGAGAUUUUGGAGCAAAGAGAAGACAAGUGAAUGUCAUCUGAUUUUAUAAAUGUAUAAUCCAUCAUCAACCAUAAUAUGUGAAGUAUUUGUGGAAAAGUCAUGUUCAGU